CCAGGGUAUCGUAAUGCUAUGUGCAAGGGAGACUGUUGCCGAAGCGUAUUAUAGUUGUUAGAAUUUUUAAACAAGAAUUGUUCUUGCUGAAAAAAGUCAUUUUUUUGAAAGGAGGGGUAGGAAUACCGUAAAACGUUACAAAUAUUCUAAAUUCUCUUGUGUUCUUUGGAAGUUUAAAAUGUCGUUUUUUUAAGUGGCUUAUUUGUUGCCAUGGGUGUUUAUUUAAACUGUAAUACACUGAACAAGAAAAUAUGUGUUGCGUCUCUUGCAUAAGAAAAUGAUAAAUCUUUUUUUUAAAUGUUCAAAUGUUUUGCAUAAAAUCUUUGAGUAUUAUGCCAUGUUAUAAAGUCGACAAAAAUGCUUGAUUCAAACCAAACAGACCGUCGAUAUAACUUGCUUUACACUCUAGGUUCUGCUUAAAAAUUAUGUCAUUGAUGAGAGUUUUUUCUAACCGCAAGAGGUCAGGAUUUAAUAUGGUCUCCACAAAUCGUUUAAAGAUCAUUUUGUCAAUUAUUGUGUUCGACGGUUUGUUGCUCAAUGUUUACAAAGAAUUCUAUUCUAAACUAUCACAUUUUCGAUAGGUUGUUUCUACGACUGCCUAUUUUAAUUAAUUAAAAGCAUGCUGGGAUGGAAAAUGUAGGUACAAUAAAGUAUGGCAACCUGUCUUUCCUUUCAGCACUCUCAAUAAACCUGUCUAAAUAACAUUUAAAAGUUGCAUGUGUUAACUAAAUUUGUACGACUUCUUAUUAGAUUUACAAAAAAAUAAAAACGUCUCUUUAUCAUAAAUAACCAUGAAGCCUACAGACGAGGAAAAAAUUGAACGAAACGAUGAAACUGAAACACUACAACCUAAGAGCAAAAAGAAACAACAGAGUGCUUUUAAAAGAUAUUUCCCAUGGUGCAUCUGUGCAACAAGUUUUUGUGUGCAGUUCUUUGUGUUAGGAUUCUACAAAUCUUUCGGUCCUGUUUAUGUACAAUUGCUUGAAGAUGAACCAGAAGGCUUGGGAGGAGGCCCUCUUGCAACAUCAUGGGUAGCCUCGUUAUCAAUCUGCACGUCAUAUCUCAGCACACCAAUCUCGUUUGAAGUCAUCCGCCGUAUAAAAUUUCGUUCCAGCAUGUUGUUAGGCGCUUGCCUGUCUGGUAUAGGCUUACUAAUUUCCGCGUACGCCGACAGCGUAUACGUGUUAUAUGUCACAUUCGGAUUAUUAUUUGGUAUCGGAAGCAGUUUAUGCUACAGUGCUUCACUACUUAUCCUUCCACAGUAUUUCUCAAAGAAUUGGUCACUAGCUCAUGGUAUAGCUCUAGCCGGAAAUGGUCUCGGUGGGAUGGGUCUAUCACCAGCCAAUGGUAAAUUGCUUGCUUCAGUCGGGUUUAGAAACGGGUUUAAGAUUAUGGCUGCUGUAUCAUUUAGCGUAUUAUUCACAUGUGGUUUAAUUUAUCAAACACCUCCAGAGAAGAAUCCUGAAGAAGAGGACGAAGAGGAAGAUGAAGAAGAAGAAAACGAAAGCUUGGAAGGAGAGGAGAAAGAAGAAACAGAAGUAACACUAGCUGAUGAGUUAAAAGCUGUAGAUGAGGAGAUUUAUCGUCAUCCAACAAUUUGGAAAAAUAAGCCAUUGUUGAUAUUUCUUUUAUCUACCUAUUUGUUGAAUUUUGGAUACUAUGUACCGUACGUUCAUCUGGUUAAGUUAUCAAUCGAUGUUGGUGUAUCUAAAGAUAAUGCUAAUCUCUUACCUGGUUUGCUUUCUCUGGCGCAAUCUGUUGGUAAAGUGUUCAUUGGUAAAGUCUUUUCAUACGGCAGCGUCAAUCGUAUAUUGGCAUAUCAACUGAGUUUAAUAGCUUUGAGUAUAGCUACGACAUUUGUACCGGUGCUGAAAACAUUUCCAUUGUUAAUCACAUACGCUGUAGCGUUUGGAUUUUCCGACGGGUGUGGUCAAGCGACAAAUAUGAUAAUCAUUGGUGAUUUGGCGGGAAAAGAGUUACUUCCUAAGGCUUAUAGUACCUUUCUAGUGUGCUCAGCUUCAGCGUUUGUUGUUGGGCCCCCGAUUGCGGGUGCUGUUUACUCUGCCACUGGCGAGUACUCCAUCGCCUUUUUCAUGUGUGGAGCAAUGGCGUUUUCCUCCGCUUUGCUGUUGUUUGUAGUUACAUGUAUGAGAGAUGAAGAACAGUUUGCUUACAAACAACGAAGAAAGGUAGAAGUAAAGGAAGAUAGAAAGAAAAGAGAAGAACAAAAAAAAUUAGAUAAGGAGAGAGGAAAGGAUUCAGGUAUCGAUUUAACAGCAACAGACAACAACGGAAACAAAUCAGGCAAGGAACGGCAAGGCGAGCAGCCGUACAUUGGUAAAAGCCGUGACCGCUUACAUUACCGUGGUGGGGCCGCACGAAAUGCAUCGUUUAAAAAAUCGCAAGAUUUUAAUAAAGCAAUGUUGACACGUAGCUGGCAUAGUAUCGAUUUUAAACCGAGAAAAGCUGUAACAAAAAGUCGAGAAAGUGUUAGGAGCAGAGCAAGUAAUAAAAAUCACGAACUCAAAGAAAUAAGAACCAUAAAAGAGUAAAUAUGACAAAUGCAACACCUGUGUUAAUAGUUGUAAAUUUUUAGGCUGAAAACAGGGUGAAUUUUUAUCAAAGAGAGGUGUUGACCAUGAAAAUGUCUCUUGGCUGCACAAUAAAUAUUUGGUGACAAAUCCGGUAUUAUGGUUGUAUGCAGGAAUCAGAACUGGUGUUCAAGCCUUCAUGUUUAACGGACGCAAAACAAAUUUAAUAUGCAGCCGAAAUAUCCAUUCGUUUUAUCGACAGAAAAGCAAGACAGUUCUUCUGCACUCCGCGCGAGUACAUUUUUGUUAAAAUGUUUUACCAGAUUUUCUUGCCAGAAUGUUUAUGAUAGGUGUACAAAAGCUGUAAAAUUUAUAUUCUAUAUAUUGGUUAUAAGUUUUGAAACUUUUUAUGCGCAUGCGCUUUGUAUCAGAUUUAUAAAUAGUUUGUGUCUUAGAGUUUUUAAUACUAUCGAUCUGGUCCUGAAAUUGAACAACGUGUCGCUUUUGCAUAACAAUCUGGUCCUGAAAUCAAACACUUUUGGUAGGAUAGUUAUACCAUUAAUUGAUUACAAAUUUUCUUGCGUAAAUGCUAAAUAUAUGAAUAUGCUUUUUUAAAAUUUGAAAAUCUCUUUUUUGAGUUUACUUUUGACUUGAAGUUUACAGAAGUUGUAUAUUUUUCAAGAAUAACUUUCUUUUACUUUGACUGUGAAAAUAUUUGAGAAUUUUGUUUCUUAAUUUUUACUGUUUUAAUUGUAUUGUAAAGUGCAAUUUUUUGUCAUGUAUUUUUUAUUCCUGUAAAACUAUCUGAGCAACUAUCCAACAGCAACUCAAACACACCAAACUCGGGGACAGCAAAGCUUAAAGGAAACCCGAGGUAUGAAAUGAUGAUUGACUUAUAUAAAAGAGCUUAAAAUAAGUCUCUAUAUUAUAAGUCCAACAUCAUUUUAUACUUUAAGUUUUCUUUAAGAAGUUCUUGUGGCGGCGAUCCCGGCUUUCGAUGGUUUGUUAUGUUAACAAGACGCUUUUUUCCUCUUGGAGGCAGAAAUACUCGAUAACAAGAAUAGUCUAACAGCGCGUGUUAGGUUUUAAUCAAAAUUAGAGAUUUUGUUCAAAUGUACCCGCGCUAACAAAAAGGUUCGUGAGAAUUUUGCGCUAUAGCGAGAAAUGCAGUCAAGUGGAAACCAGUCUUAAUAACAUGAUAAAGAAAUAAAUCAAGAUCCAAGACUUCAACAAUGGAAUCGUUAUCAGGACCAAUUAACUGGGAGUAUGCCCUUUUUUUCCCUUUCCCCUUUCCCCUUAGCUUAGAUUGCUUCGAAAACACUGUUUUAUUCAUUCUAGUACAGUAAACUUUAGAAUUAUAAAUGUAUUUCCAAAAAGUCACAGCAACUUUUAAAACAAAUCCGUCAAACCUCUCAAGUUCUGUAAAAAUUUU